CAGCCACCAAGUGGUUCAACAACUAAUAUCAUCCACCAACCUCAAUGUGCUUUCCAUUGCAUUGAACUCGAAUCCCACUGUCCUCAUCCCUUCUGCUCCAACCCUUGGCCAUGGCCGUUUUCCCUGUCCCACGAACGCUGGCCUCGCGGCUGCUGGCCAGGACGAGCCGGUCAUUCACGCGACCCUCUCCUGCCAACCCCCUCCUACGCGUUGCUUGCAAUUCCUCCUCCAACAAAUCCGGAAACACCCAUUGCGGCGACUGGUCAGACCUUGCAUUGUUCUAUAAGAAUGCUAGGAACUAUGCGACAGCCACCAAAAAGCCAGCAGGCAGGCCAAAGGCGCACACAGGACGUGCAGCAGCCAGCACCAAGAAGACUACCCCCAAGAAAAAGGCAACCAAGAAGCCUAAGAAGAAGGCAGUAAAGAAGCCAAAGGCAAAGAAAGCACCCAGCAAGACAGCUCUUGUCAAGCAAGCCCGAAAGACAGCCUCAGAUUUGCGGGCAGCCGCUCUGCUAGAAGAACCCAAGCAGUUACCUUCCACAGCAUUCUCGGUGAUCCUUGUGGAGGAAGCUAAAAAGACCAAGGCAUUUGCCGGCUCUGCGAGUGCGGCGUCAGCGAGGUAUAAAAAUUUGAGUCCCGCAGAGCGCGAGCAAUACAAUCACGUAGCAAACCAGAACAAACAACAAAACGCCAUCUCGUAUAAGAACUGGGUGCAGACCUACACUCCUCUACAGAUCAAGCAAGCAAACAAUGCUCGAAAUCAACUCACCAAGAAAGCCAAGGCGGCAGGAAAGAAGACGAGAUAUGCAACGAUUCAGGAUGAUCGAGCUGUGAAGGCGCCGCGCAAUGCCUACACGUUCUUCUUCGCUGACAGACAUUUGUCUGGCGAUAUGUCAGGAAUGUCGGUCGGAGAAUCAGGUAAGUUACUGGGUAGGGAGUGGAACAGCUUGUCUGCGGCAGAAAAAAAGCCAUACAACGACAAGGCUGAAGCCGACAGAGCUCGAUACGUCGAGGAAUGCCGGUCCGUCUACGGCACUGAACCCGUUGUUAGGAAGCAAGCAACCAAAGCAUCGUAGAGGGGCCAUGUCAACAAGGCCACAUCACAGUUAACCCCAUGUGUGGCUCAAGAACAUGCAGCAUACACCAUUGUUGAACGCAGGUUCAACCUUGUCCCGAAGCCACAUCCUAGUCUGUACAAUCUCACCACUAAUUGGAAUAAAUGCGAAUUUCGUGUUUCGCUGUCUCAAUAUACGGAUGUUUGCGAGGGAGGGACAGUUACCAGGCGCCGAAGAAGGAUUGAGUGGCAGAAAUCCGGCUAGAGGAAGGGAUGGCGCCAGCCCAACCAUGGACGACUUUUAUAUCUUUUGUACAAAUGGUAUUCUUGCGUGCGGCCUUUGCUCUUCUCUUCAUCUAGUUAUGUUACAGGUGCAAGCCCAGGAUUUCAGAACCAAAUCUCACCGCUAUCAACAAGCCAUUCACCUUCACUCCACCAUACAGCGACGACAUGAGAGGACUCCGAAUCAGGCCCAUACAAGGGCAAGGCCAGCCUGCACAAUAUCCCUGACUAGAGGUUUGAGAUUAACGUCGACAGUCUUAGAGGAGAAAAC